AUGCCUUCCGCCGACAAGAAGCCCAAGACCUUGUACGAUAAGGUCUUGGACCAUCACAUUGUCAACGAGCAGGAAGAUGGCACUCUUCUCAUCUAUAUCGACAGACAUUUGGUUCACGAAGUGACUUCACCGCAAGCCUUUGAGGGACUCAAGAAUGCCAGCCGAAAAGUCCGCCGGCCGGACUGCACUUUGGUCACUGUCGAUCACAACAUCCCGACCUCCUCCCGAAAAUCCUUCAAGAACGUCGACGACUUCAUCCAAGAAAACGACUCUCGCCUUCAAUGCAGCACCCUCGAACAGAACGUGAAGGACUUCGGUCUUACAUACUUUGGAAUGGACGACAAGCGUCAGGGCAUUGUUCACAUCAUCGGACCCGAGCAAGGAUUUACUCUGCCCGGAACGACGGUCGUCUGCGGUGACAGUCACACCUCGACACACGGUGCUUUCGGUUCCCUCGCGUUCGGUAUCGGUACCAGUGAAGUCGAACACGUUCUCGCCACCCAGACCCUUAUUACUCGUCGAAGCAAGAACAUGCGCAUCCAGGUUGAUGGCGAGCUGCACCCCGGCGUUACUAGCAAGGACGUUGUCCUCCAUAUCAUCGGUGUUAUCGGAACCGCUGGAGGUACCGGUGCCGUCAUUGAGUUCUGUGGAUCCGUCAUCCGCGGAUUGAGUAUGGAGGCCCGUAUGUCCGUGUGCAACAUGUCUAUCGAGGCCGGUGCGCGUGCUGGCAUGAUCGCACCCGACGAGACCACCUUUGAAUACCUCAAGGGCCGCCCUCUCGCCCCCAAGUACGAUAGUGCUGAAUGGAAGAAGGCCGUCAACUACUGGUCGGGCCUGGCCUCCGAUGACGGAGCCGCUUACGACAAGACCGUUUUGCUGGAUGCCAAGGACAUCAUUCCUACCAUCUCCUGGGGAACCUCUCCUCAGGAUGUCAUUCCCAUUAACGGCGUCGUUCCCUCGCCCGACGACUUCGAGGACGAGAGCCGAAAACUUGCCUGCAAGCGCGCUUUGGAGUACAUGGGCCUCACAUCUGGCACUCCUAUGAAAGAAAUCCCUAUCGACAAGGUCUUCAUCGGUUCUUGCACGAACGCUCGUAUCGAGGACUUGCGGGCGGCUUCUAAGGUCGUGAAGGGCAAGAAGAUCGCCCCGAAUGUCAAGCGUGCGAUGGUUGUUCCCGGAUCUGGUUUGGUUAAGCAGCAGGCGGAAUCCGAAGGCCUCGACAAGAUCUUCGAGGAGGCUGGAUUCGAGUGGCGAGAAGCUGGUUGCUCCAUGUGCCUGGGUAUGAACCCUGAUAUUCUGUCUCCCCAGGAACGUUGCGCCAGUACCUCCAACCGUAACUUCGAAGGACGUCAGGGUGCCGGUGGUCGUACCCACCUCAUGUCUCCUGCCAUGGCCGCGACGGCCGGUAUCGUCGGCAAGCUUGCAGACGUCCGUGAGCACCUCGUUGCCAGCCCCGUUCUGGCCAAAGUGCAGCCGAAGGUUGAUGUCCAGCCGGAAGCGGAGGAGCCGGAGACCGAGGACGAGCUCGACCGCAUCCUGGAUCUGCCUGCGGACAACGAGCCUCACACCAACACCUCCGGCGGCGGCUCCAGCACCGGUCUCCCCAAGUUCACCACCCUCAAGGGUAUUGCUGCCCCGAUGGACCGCUCCAACGUCGACACCGAUGCCAUCAUCCCCAAGCAGUUCUUGAAGACCAUCAAGCGAACCGGUCUCGGAAGCGCGCUGUUCUACGAACUCCGCUACAAGGACGGUCAGGAAAUCCCCGACUUCAUCCUUAACCAAGGCAUCUACCGCGACUCCAAGAUCCUGGUCGUCACCGGCCCCAACUUCGGCUGCGGUAGCUCCCGUGAGCACGCCCCCUGGGCCCUCCUCGACUUCGGCAUCAAGUGUAUCAUCGCCCCCUCGUUCGCCGACAUCUUCUUCAACAACACCUUCAAGAACGGCAUGCUCCCCGUCGUGAUCUCCGACGAGGCCGCUCUGCAGAAAAUCGCCGCCGAGGCCACCGCCGGCCGCGAGAUCGAGAUCGACCUCGUCAACCAGCAAGUCAAGGACGCCCAGGGCAACUCGCUCGCCAGCUUUGACGUCGACGCCUUCCGCAAGCACUGCCUGGUCAACGGCCUGGAUGACAUCGGUCUGACCCUGCAGAUGGAGGACAAGAUCCGCUCGUUCGAGGGCAAGCGCACGCUCGACACCCCCUGGCUCGACGGCAGCGGCUACCUCAAGCGUGGCAAGCGCGGAGCCACCCGCAUCGAGGCGGCGCCGGUCCCCAAGACCAACCGGGGCGAUGUCAAGAACGAGCCUUUGGAGUGGUAG